CCUGGACUGACUGGGCAAUCGUUGCGCUGGUUGCGCUGUGUUCCACUGUCUGCUGUUGAGCUUGAGGCUGUUUUUGGGACUUUGGCUACACGGUGUCUCUCUCCCUCUCCAUCCCAUCCUGUCGGCGGAUUUGGUCGGUUGACUAGACCUUCCAGGGAGAUUGAGGCUUUGUGCUGUGUUGCCUUAGCUGCUGCGCCUCCACAUACAAGACCUACAGUGUCUGUCUCUUGGACAUUUGUACAAGCCUACAUGGGAUUUCUCUACACCGCUGAGCAGCUCCAACAACUUGCCUCCUCAAAUGCCAGCACUUCUAUCGAUGAAGCUGUGCUCCACCUUUGCCAGGCUACGGGGAUCCUUCGGAGGAAGCGCUACAUGCACAGAGGGUCGCGUCGCUCCUUUACCAUCUAUCAUCAAGCAACAGAGGAUGCUAUCCCGACUCUGCAGUCCCGGUGUGUCUCUCCUGUGUGGUCCACUCCUGUAGGCAACUCUGCUCCCCGCAAGAAAGUCUUCCAUCAACACCUCAUCACCAUACGGACUAUGCCUGUUACCGCUACUGCUGCUGCUGUUGCUACUGCUCCCGUCACUGCUGCCACUGAUUCCACCUGUGCGGGCUCUGGUAGAGAGGCUAAUCUCUGCCGGGUAAAUCUAUCUAACUGCGGCCCCUUCCAAGACCGUCAUGAACAGGACUCUUCUUUGGUUAAGUUUGCUGUCUUAAAUGCUCGCUCUGUUUCCAACAAAGCAUUUAUUCUGAAUGACCGUUUUACGUCCCACCAUCUAGACUUUCUGUUUAUCACCGAGUCUUGGCUCUCUGGUGAUGACAUCAUUGCACUUGGUGACCUUUGCCCUGCUCACUGUAGUUUUUUAAACUCACCUAGGGUCUCUGGUCGUGGUGGUGGUCUAAUUACAGUGUUUAAGAACAGUUUUAAAUGUAGAAUUGUACCAACUGAUCUGUUUUCUACUUUUGAACUACAGCUGUUUAAGAUCAAUGCAUCUGUACUUUGUGCCUUAGUCUACCGUCCACCAAAAAUGUAUUGUAAUUUCAUUCAAGAAUUUGCUGAACUUCUAUCUUGUAUGGCCUCUCGUGCUGAUAAGUUAUUAAUCUUGGGGGACUUUAACAUCCACAUAUGCUGCCCAUCUAAACCUUUGGUCAAUGAGUUUUUAGGCCUUGUGGACUCUUUUAACCUUGUGCAGUCAGUUAUGGCCCCAACACAUCAGAAGGGUCACACACUAGACCUAGUGUUGUCCUCUGGUUUCUCAGUUUCCAAUGUUAAAAUAGUUGAUACUGGUGUGUCUGACCAUUUUAUGAUUUUAUUUGAAUCUUCACUGUUUUGUCCCCCCCUCCACCCCCCUCAUCCUACUCCCUUGUCAGAGCUAUUAAUUCCACCACAGCCUCACAGUUCACUAAUACUUUUAUGCUCUCUCUUUCACCUGCUGUCUUAGAUUCUCUUUCCACCUGCACCGACACUGAGGAUCUACUUACUCUUUUUAAUACAUCUGGCCUUGCCACUCUUGAUUCUGUAGCUCCUUUAAAACAAAAACGGUGUAAAUCCAAUAGGUCAACUACUCCUUGGCUAAAUUCCACUACCUGUUCGCUCAGAAAGGCUUGUAGGAAAGCAGUGCGAAAAUGGAAAAUAGAUAAACUACAGGUCUCUUAUGAUAUAUUUAGAGAUUCUCUUAAGGCUUAUCAAAUCACUGUCAAAGCAGCAAAGGCAGCUUUCUAUGCUGAGCUUAUUCACAAAAAUGCUCACAGACCAAAAGUGUUGUUUAACACAAUUAAUAAAAUCAUAAAUCCUCCUA